CUGUACCACAUCUUUAGAGGAAACAUGAUGCGUUCCAUGAUGAAGCUCUGCGUGAUUCUCGUCCUGUCUGUGAUCCUGACGCUGACUUCCUCUGAGCACAUCUUCAGCAAACUGAAUUUAUGCAGUGACACUGUGGAUGCACCUGAGUUUUUACUGGAUCUGGAUCAGAACGAAUUGAUGUAUGAAAAUUUCAAGACCCAUGAGCAAGUCAUGAGAAUACCUUCGUUUGUACAGGCAGUUAAUAUACCUGAUUUGAGUCAGGCUGCAUCGACUGACAACACUAGAUGCCUUCAGUACAUCCAAGAAACUAAAGCCUUCGUCGGCAGUCCACCUGAAGCCAGAGAUCCUCCAGAGAUCGUCAUCUACCCAAAACACAACAUGGUGCCAGGAGUAGAAAAUAAUUUUGUCUGCUUUAUAACGAAUUUCUAUCCUCCUCACAUUAACAUAAACUGGACGAGGAAUGGUGUGUCCGUGACAGAGGGUGUGUACAUCAGCCAGUUCUCACUGAACAGUGACGGAAGCUUUAAUGUAUUCUCCACACUGACGAGUUCUCCGAAUGAAGGAGAUGAAUACAGCUGUACGGUGGAGCAUGAAGCUCUGGACUCCCCUCAGACCAGAACCUGGGAUGAACCAGUGGUCACUUCAAGUGUAACUCCAACGGUGGUGCUCGGGGUUGGAAUUGCUGUGGGGAUUUUGGGUUUAGCCACUGGAAUGUUCUUUGUGAUUAAAGCAUUGCUUCCUGAUAAGUUACAGUUACCAUGCUGAAGUUUGUGUUUUCCCAUAACAGCAGUUUUUAUUCAUUUUAUACUCAAUGUUUAGCUAUAAACACUGAUUCCCUCUCUCUGUUCUUUCGUGCGGUUCAUAAGAGGAAGCCCAAUGUGUGCGAGUCAACUGAGGAGCGUAAACGCCCGUCCUGAUGAUUACAGUUACAGCUUUAACUCUGACUGUUACACAGCGCUCGCACUGGAGACUCCUUACACUGAUGUCAAAUAAAUGUCUUCUUAUAGAAAAAUUCACUGCAUCAAUUAUUCUUAUUUAUUUUAUAUGUUUUUACUCUUUAUGUGGACUUUGCUGUGACUGAGCCAUGACUAUUGGAGAUGCAACUAUAGAGCGAGAGCAUUCCUAUAAACCUGCACAUCUGCCAGAGCUGCUGUUAUGGAGAAUUAAUCAACACCUUCUGACCAAUCAGGGUGAAGAAUUCUGUUUAUGUCUCUGAACUCACCUGAUAUUUGUCAGGUCUUAAUAAAUUAUAAAUUAAAUUAAUGGGUAUUAGUAGUGGUAGGAUUUUAUUAUGAUCAUGAAAUAAUCCAGUAAUUUAAAAGAAAGUGCAAGUUAGCUCAGAACGCCAUCUAGUGGACAGUCUCACCACAACAUUCACCACGUGCCUUUGAUUUAAUUUUUUUUGCUUUUAAGUAAACUCUGAGUUCUUUUUAACUCUGAGUUUCUUCCCUUUAGUUCAGUAAUUUCUUAUGAUCAUCAUGACUCACAUUUAACACACAAACUAACACUUUACUGUCCCAUAAGUUUUUCACUUACUGAUAAACACUGCAUGAGUCAGGUGUCUGAUGUCAGAAUUGUUCGAUGUUGGGAAG